CGCGCGGCGGCUGGCUUGGUGCGCGGCGCGGCUGGCGCUGCGCUCCGCCCCGGCUGCAUUGCUGCGCUCCGGGUGCCCAAGGGAGCCACGCGCCGCGUGCGCCCAGCAGCCGGCCGACGGGAGGCAGCGCAGUCCGCUGGCAUGGGCCCCGGGGGCGCCCCGAGGUGGGGCUCUGGGUUGAGGCGCUGAAAGCCUCCCUCCCGCCCGCGGGGCCCCGCGCCCAGCCAGUCCGCCCGCCCGCGGCCAUGGCCGUCUGGCCCGGCCUGUGGCCAGCACUCUUGGGCAUCGUCCUCGCCGCCUGGUUCCGCGGCUCGGGUGCCCAGCAGAGUGCCACAGUGGCCAACCCAGUGCCUGGUGCCAACCCAGACCUGCUUCCCCACUUCCUGGUAGAGCCGGAGGAUGUGUACAUUGUCAAGAACAAGCCAGUGCUGCUGGUAUGCAAGGCCAUGCCUGCCACACAGAUCUUCUUCAAGUGCAAUGGCGAGUGGGUGCGCCAGGUGGACCACGUGAUCGAGCGCAGCACCGAUGGGAGCAGUGGGCUGCCAGCCAUGGAGGUCCGCAUCAACGUCUCAAGGCAGCAGGUUGAGAAGGUGUUCGGGCUGGAGGAAUACUGGUGCCAGUGCGUGGCAUGGAGCUCCUCGGGCACCACCAAGAGUCAAAAGGCCUACAUCCGCAUUGCCUAUUUGCGCAAGAACUUUGAGCAGGAGCCGCCAGCCAAGGAGGUAUCCCUGGAGCAGGGUAUUGUGCUGCCUUGCCGUCCCCCAGAAGGCAUUCCCCCAGCUGAGGUGGAGUGGCUCCGGAACGAGGACCUGGUAGAUCCAUCUCUGGACCCCAAUGUGUACAUCACGCGGGAACACAGUCUGGUUGUGCGGCAGGCGCGCCUGGCUGACACAGCCAACUACACCUGUGUGGCCAAGAACAUUGUUGCCCGUCGCCGUAGUGCCUCUGCUGCCGUCAUCGUCUACGUGGAUGGCAGCUGGAGCCCAUGGAGCAAGUGGUCAGCCUGUGGGCUCGACUGCACACACUGGCGGAGCCGGGAGUGCUCUGACCCAGCACCCCGAAAUGGGGGUGAGGAGUGCCGGGGCACAGACCUGGACACCCGCAACUGUACCAGUGAUCUCUGCGUGCACACUGCUUCUGGCCCUGAGGAUGUGGCCCUCUAUGUGGGCCUCAUUGCUGUGGCCGUGUGCCUCGUCUUGCUGCUGCUCGUCCUCAUCCUCGUUUAUUGCCGUAAGAAGGAGGGGCUGGACUCUGAUGUGGCCGACUCAUCUAUCCUCACCUCAGGUUUCCAGCCUGUCAGUAUCAAACCCAGCAAAGCAGACAACCCCCAUCUGCUUACCAUCCAGCCAGACCUCAGCACCACCACUACCACCUACCAGGGCAGUCUGUGUCCCCGGCAAGAUGGGCCCAGCCCCAAGUUCCAGCUCACUAAUGGGCACCUGCUCAGCCCUCUGAGUGGCGGUCGCCACACACUGCACCACAGCUCACCCACCUCAGAAGCCGAGGACUUUGUUUCCCGCCUCUCCACUCAAAACUACUUCCGCUCCCUACCCCGUGGCACCAGCAACAUGGCCUAUGGGACUUUCAACUUCCUCGGGGGCCGGCUGAUGAUCCCUAAUACAGGAAUCAGCCUCCUCAUCCCUCCAGACGCCAUCCCCCGGGGAAAGAUCUACGAGAUCUACCUCACUCUGCACAAGCCAGAGGACGUGAGGUUGCCCCUAGCUGGCUGUCAGACCCUGCUGAGUCCCAUCGUUAGCUGUGGUCCCCCUGGAGUCCUGCUCACCCGACCAGUCAUCCUUGCCAUGGACCACUGUGGGGAGCCCAGCCCCGAAAGCUGGAGUCUACGCCUCAAAAAACAAUCGUGUGAAGGCAGCUGGGAGGAUGUGCUGCACCUAGGUGAGGAGGCACCCUCCAACCUCUACUACUGCCAGCUAGAGGCCGGUGCCUGCUACGUCUUCACGGAGCAGCUGGGACGCUUUGCCCUCGUAGGAGAGGCUCUCAGUGUGGCUGCGGCCAAGCGCCUCAAGCUGCUUCUAUUUGCCCCUGUGGCCUGCACCUCCCUCGAGUACAACAUCCGUGUCUACUGCCUGCAUGACACCCAUGAUGCACUGAAGGAGGUGGUACAGCUGGAGAAGCAGCUGGGUGGACAGCUGAUCCAGGAACCUCGAGUUCUGCACUUCAAGGACAGUUACCACAAUCUGCGCCUAUCCAUCCAUGAUGUGCCCAGCUCCCUGUGGAAGAGCAAGCUUCUUGUCAGCUACCAGGAGAUCCCCUUUUAUCAUAUUUGGAACGGCACACAGCAAUAUCUGCACUGCACCUUCACCUUGGAGCGUGUCAGCCCCAGCAUCAGUGACCUGGCCUGCAAGGUGUGGGUGUGGCAGGUGGAGGGCGAUGGGCAGAGCUUCAACAUCAACUUCAAUAUCACCAAGGACACGAGGUUUGCUGAGCUGCUGGCUCUGGAGAGUGAAGGGGGGGUCCCAGCCCUGGUGGGCCCCAGUGCCUUCAAGAUCCCCUUCCUCAUUCGGCAGAAGAUCAUUACCAGCCUGGAUCCGCCAUGCAGCCGGGGUGCCGACUGGCGGACUCUAGCCCAGAAACUCCACCUAGACAGCCAUCUCAGCUUCUUUGCCUCGAAGCCAAGCCCCACAGCCAUGAUCCUCAACCUGUGGGAGGCACGACACUUCCCCAAUGGCAACCUCAGCCAGCUGGCGGCAGCAGUGGCUGGACUGGGCCAGCCAGAUGCUGGCCUCUUCACGGUGUCAGAGGCCGAAUGCUGAGGUCAGCCAGGCCAAAACGCCUACACUCUCACCAGCUUUGGCACCCACCAGGGACAGGCAGAAGCCGGACAGGGGCCCUACCCCAUACUGGGGAGAGCUGCUUGGACAGGCCCUUUCCUGGCCAAUGUUGUCCCUUAAUGCUGGUCCUUCAGACCUGCCUGAACUCCAGUUCCUCCAUGGCCUGUCUAUCCAGGCAGGCACAGCCACCUGCUCACUCUGUCCCAGCCCCAGGUUCCUUGGGGGACAGUGCCUGGAGCCUGGGCUGGGCCCAGCCCAUCUGUGUGUGUAUAUGUGCGUGUGAUGCUACCUCUCCUCCUACCCCUUGCCAGGGGCCCCGCAUACACACGGCAUGCAUGCACACGCUGGGCUUGGACAUGGCCCCAGAGCUCCUGCCAGAGCUGGGCCUUAUGCAAACAUUUCUGUGCCUGCUGGGGAAGGGCACAGCUCCAGGCCUGUGGGACUGAGCACCCAGCCAAUGAGGGGGCUGCCCCUGGAUUCAGGCACACGACCACCACACAGGCAUGUGCCCACGCAUGCCUCGUGUGUUCAUCUCACACACACCCACUCCUGGGUCCUGCAGACCUCACCACCACCACACACAUCUCCUGCUGUCACCCAGAGGCCGCUCACGUCUCUCAUGCCCGGUGUCGGUACACAUCUGCCUCUCACAUGCUGCCCUCUUCCACCCACCAGGGACACCCCAUGGCUCCUUCCUGAUCCUACCCCCCUGUCCCCAGCCUCGAGGUGUCCUGCCUGGCGGGGCGUGUGAAUAUGCAAUGGGAGUCCCGGGCUGUACAAUGGCGAGUGUGUGUGCCAUGGUGUGCCCGUUCCUGGGGCUGGCCGGUGCCCCUGUGUGGGGCCUGUUGUGUGAAGCUUGUGUCCUGACUCUGUCUUAAGUGCUUUCGUGCACUUACACUUGGCCUUAUGUACACAGCCUUGCCCGGCCGUUGGGGCACGUAGGGAUUUUAGCGGACGUGAAUGUAAAUAAAUUAUAUAUAUAUAUUGCUAA